GUUCUCCGACAUUGGGUGAGAUAUUCAACCCAGCUCGAGAUUGUACUGAUGUUGUUGAUCAAUUACCCGAAGCUGAGGAUGGGUUUUACUGGAUUGUUCUGCCCAAAGGAACGAAGCGCCAGGUUUGUGUUUGGAUUAUGACAUGUCCAGGGACACCGGAAUGAUGUGAAGGCAAGCCUUUAAGAAGUAAUUCACACAUAUGCAACACAAUAAGAUCACAUAUGCAGCACAAUAAUUAUUUGAGAGUGAAAAGUUGUUAUUUAAGUUGCCAUUUCCUUGGGCAAAAUAGAUUUGGUGUGACGUACAUACAGACGGUGGUGGAUUUGCGUUGGUUGGAAUGAUGGAUAGUCCUGUAUCGUGGACAGUACCAUCUAAUUCUACCCCUGUUGAUCCUCAAGGACCCCCACAUUGGUUAAGUGAUCUUGGUGAUGUCAAAGUUCUGGACUUUAGAGUUCAAUUUUCGACUGAUAAAAGUUUUGAGGGAACAAAGGCAGACUGGUAAGAAAGCUUUGAUGCGGACCGCUAAAAAUUUUCCAUAAGACUUUCUGAACUAAAAUAAUCACAAGAGUAGUAACGGCAAUAAAACGACAAAAGAGAAACAAUAUCAAACAAUACAGGAAACGUAACUAAGAAAACGAACUAUCAACACUUGGCAUAAAAACUGCAUAGGAUACUGCAUGAGAACACCCGCUCUUUGUAUUCUGCAAUAAGCAAUUUUGUGAUCACAUCACUCCCUUUUCAACACAAAAAAGAAGAAAAAUAUACGCAUUCUUUUAAAGGUUAUGAUGUAUGCCCUUUCAACUUGAUUUGCUUUCCACCCCUCGUAUAUGGAAAGUACAAGUAGUUCCUCUUUUUAUUGUAGGUUUUACCGAUUAAAUCCGCAACGGAAGUUUGGAAAUCUAUUGUCUGUGAACAACGGAUGUCCGCACUUGCAAGCUGGAAUUGGAAAUAUUUCGUUUGUCAAGGAUAUCUCGACUCACUCUGUCCUUACUAAUAACUUCAAGUGCUCAAAGUUUGGACCACAUAUACAUCAUAUGUUGGGAUGGGUAUACAGCUGAUUUUAAAAUAAUUUUAUACAUGGUGUCCCAAAAGAAUGACUGAGUGAAAUUUUUAUUAAUUAGACCUAACCAUGAAGCAGUUGUAAAAAAUGCAACUAUCCUCCCUCUGGCAGGAAUCAAACGUGCCAGUCCAGUACAGCGCUUUGCGACUCUCUGAGCUACAAAGAGUCGCAGUGCCGCAGGUUCAGUAGACCUUUCCCCUUAUAACCAAAAUUUUGAUCUAGGCAAGUCUAGACAAAUAUUUCAUCACAGCUUGAAAGAGCAUCACAAAAUUAGUAAUAUUCCAAAGUUUCGUUGCGAAAUGUUGUAAAAUGAGGAAAAUAGAGCCUUGCGAAUUUUGCAAUUUUCAGUCAUUUUGCAUUACAAACGGGAAAUUGCAGCCCCAACACCCGAAUCGGAUGUCAAUUUCCCGUUUGUACUACAAAACGACUGAAAAACGGCAAACUUCGCAAGGCUAUAUUAUCCGCAUUUUACAAGAUUUUGCAGCAAAACUUUGGAAUAUUAGUAAUUUUGUGAUGCUCUUUCAAGCUGUGAUAAAAUUUUUGUCUAGAUCGAAAUUUUAGUUAUGAGGGGAAAGGUCCAUUCCUGCCAGAGGGCGGAUUGUUGUAUUUUUCACAACUGUUCCUGGUUAGGUCUAAUACAUGUAUAAAAAUUCCACUUUAAAUAUCCAUCUGCAAAUCCCAUCAACAUUAGUUAUAUCGAGUGAGACGCCCAAAAUCUCCAACCGUUUGCCUUCAAUACUCUAACUUCCCUAAAUUAGGUAAAAUAAUCGGGAAUGUUUUAGGCAAUUAAAGAAUUCAAAUAAAUAACUUUCGACCAGCUUCAUUUUAAGGUUGAAUCUUUAAAAAUCAAUUCUAGCCUUACAUUAUGGAACUUUUCUUCCACGAGCCAGCAAUUUAAGGACACUUAUAUUUUCCUGCCUAACCAUCAGACUCAUUUUACUAAUUUUUAUAUCAAAGAAAAUCUUUAAUGUUAGAGAACAACAAACAAUCAGUUGAAGAGUUAUGUUUAAACAUCUCAUUUUAACACAAAUAAAUACUUCUGGCCUAAUUUCUAUAAAAUGGAUAAGUUGAAAUAUAAAAGAAGGUUGAUUAUUUUGAUCAGUCAAAUAUCAAUGACAAGGUAUUAAAACGAUAGAAUAAUUCUUUUAUCCAGUACUAAAACUCGGAAAUUUCUAUGAAAUUCAAAACUAAUGUUGCAAUACCACAAUAUAUAGUGUGUGUGUGUGGGGGUGGGGUGGGGAGGAGGCAAUUUUUGGUAUGUUUCUCACAAAAAUCUUAUUUUGUGGAUAUUCAACCUUUAGACCUUCGUGAAAAAUAAUUAUUUCAUUCUGAUUUUAGGGGAAAAUGAAUUACUGUCUUCGACAUCAGUGCAAUAACGGUUACGCAAUAUUAGUAGACGAAGUUAGAUUUCGAUACGAUAAUUUUGGAUCAUACAGGUAUUGGAUCAUGGAGUUUUAAUUAUCGUCAAUACGUGUGAAAUGAUGAUUCAAUUUAAUAUUACCCAUACACAAUCAGAAUAACAUUAUAACUGUUUGAUUUUGCAUAAGACGUUAGUUAAUUGUUAUUGGCUGAAUUAAGUUGUAAUUCCUUCAGCUAUAGCGCUGCUUCUUCAUUCUCUGGAAUGAAACAUAAUUCCACAGCUUUUGUUGGAUGUGAUCAUGGCAAGGUAUAGUAAUUUGUUAUACGACAUACUAAAGAUACUUAGUAUAUCAAUGUCCUAUAUCAAUGUUCAAAGAACGUUCACAAUCCCUGGAAACGAUAGUGAAAUUCAUACUGGAACUUGCGAUUGCAUCACUAUAAAUCCAUAGUAUAUCCGUACUAUUUCCAUAGUAUAUCCAUACUAUUUCUAUACCAUAUCAAUAGUAUAUCCAUACAAUUUCCAUACUAUAUCCAUACUAUUACCAUACUACAUCCAUAGUAAAUCCAUACUAUUUCCAUACUAUAUCCAUAGUAUCUGGAAAUUGCGAUUUGUAUGAAAAUUGGAUUUCCAUACUAUUUUCGACUAAGAUUCAUGCUAUUUCCAUAGUAAGGAUUGGGAAAAAAAUUUCCAGUGAAUAAUUUGGUCAUUAUCCAUGUAUAGUCUUAAAUUUUCAAUCCAUGCGCAUUAUAUUUGUAUUCCUCCAUAUUUUGUAGUGUUGCGCAUGUUUUGGUCCCAAAGGUGGAAGACAAAACUACUGUGGUCCUAAAUGUACAGCAAUUAACGGUGGAACUGUAAUCAAGAGCGCUUUCGUUUGGUUUUGGGUGCGAACCAGAAUGCCUGAAAGUCUGUGGAAAAGAUGUAUGGAGUUUGUGAUGAAAAACUCGGCGGGAAAACUUGAAACACAUUUCAUUGAUCCACAAACAGGCACCGCACAUAAGGUGGGAUAUUAUUGAAAGUAAAGAUGACCUAUUGUGAUUGAUGGCAUCAGACACGGUACCACCAGCAACAACACUGAAGAACGACAACAAAAACGACAACUACAAUGACGGCAACAAUAGGACGGACAACGACGACGAUUGCAACGAUGACAACAAGAACAACAGCAACAACAGAAAAGAUACAAAUAACGACGAUAAUGGCAACAACAGCUGUAUCCGAGGCUGUAUCAGCAACAGCAAUGUCCACAGCAAUAGCAAAAUCAGCAACAAUUACAAAUUAAUUUUAACCAGCAGUUUGGUUUGUUUUUAGGGUUCCUGCUCAGGAAAACAUAAAUCAGUUUUAAACGAAGGUGUAAGUAGAAUGUUUCAGGCAUGGGUUUUUAUUACCACAGUGAAGCAUCGGAUGUUUCGUAAUUGGAGAAUUUCUUUAUUCUAGACAUUGACAGUAUCUGACAAGGAAAGUUUUGACAAGAUUCCAGAUGUUCCAGGUCUUCUCUCAUAUCGUAAAGAUGAUAAGCAACUUUAUGUCAAUCAAGGAUCAGAGUGGCAAGCAUUAAGUACUGAACAAGAGGUUAGUUUAAGGUGGCUUGAUACAGUUUUUAAAAAUGGAAAAUUCACGAUUUAGAUCCGUAUUUUUGGACAAUUAUUACUUGUUGGGAAACAAAAAGUAUGUUACCCAAGUAAAACAACCAACUAAAGGGUUUGAAUUUUUCCACAAAUGUUACGUAACUGCUGUUUGCUAUGGCAACAAUGACGUUUCCAUACGGCGGGUAUUUUUGCUUUAAAGUAAUUUUAUUUCAUAAAAUGAUUUAUUUUAGUAUACUCAAUUAUUAUGAAAAUUUUCGAAAUUAAAUAAAUGUGACUAUUUAUAAUAAUUUUUUUGGCUCAACAUAAUUUUUUUAAAAUGUAAAAAUAAUUGAGUAUAAGAGAUGUAAAAAUAAUUGAGUAUAAUGAGAAAUCAUUUUGUAAAUAAAAUUUGGGUGUCACCGAUAUCAUUUUCGAGUUAAACUACUUUAAAGCCAAAAUAUCCGCCAUGUUGAAACGUCUUGUUGCCAUAGCAAAAGCAGUUGCGUAACUUUUGUAAAACAAUUCGAACCUAUUAGCACGUCGCAUUGUUGAACUGUUAACGAGUAACUUAGGAUAUACCACAAGACAUCAACAGUGUAACACAAUUACUCUUAUAGUCUAAUGGACCUAUUCCCUAAUGAACGAAAUUUUGAUCUAGUCAUGUCUAGACAAAAAUUUCAUCACAGCUUGAAAGAGCAUCACAAAAUUAGUUAUGUUCCGAAGUUUCGUUGCGAAAUGUUGUAAAAUGCGGAUAAUAUAGCCCUGCGAAGUUUGCCGUUUUUCAAUCAUUUUGUAUUACGGACGGGAAAUUGACACCGCUUUCUGAAAAAUUAGAAGGUAUCAAUUUCCCGUCCGUAAUACAAAAUGACUGAAAAACGACAAACUUCGCAGAGUUAUAUUAUCCGCAUUUCACAACAUUUCGCAACGAAACUUUGGAACUAAUUUUGUGAUGCUCUUUCAAGCUGUGAUGCAAUUUUUGUCUAGACUUGUCUCGAUCAAAACUAUUUUCAUUGGGGAAUAGGUCCAUUCAAUAUGGAGAAUUUACUGGGGAAUGAAAGUAAAAAUGGAAACAUGAUUCGUAAUCAAGUAGGCAUUAGAUAUUUAGGAUAGGGAACAUAAGCACGUUAUAAAUGAUUACAUCUCAUAAUCUCUCGAUUACAGUACAUCAUCAUCAUCAUCAUCAUCAUCAUCUCAUCUCUCGAUUACAUUACAUCACUACAUCUUUGCAGUCAAAUUACUUCCAUUGCUACUACGAAUUUGGAGGCAGUUGCUAUUUAAUGUACCCUACCCAACCACGCAAAAUUGCUUCUUGUGUGCUGUUAUAGACCACCUGAUAGUAACGAUAUGUCUGAUCUUAGAUCCUUUGCUGAUAACCUAUUUCCUAGUUACGACAAGAUUAUUAUUGCCGGGGAUUUUAACCUCCCAAAUAUCUCUUGGACAGAUGGUAACUAUACAUCGUUUGGUUCAUUGAGUCAGAAUUUCUGCAAUAUUUUGGACGAUUACUUCAUGUCCCAACUUUGCCUUACGCCUACGAGAAAAUCAAAUAUUCUGGAUCUACUGAUUACAAACCAACCUGAACAAGUAUCAUUUAUAGACAUCUGCUCCCCAACGGAUUUAGGAAUGUCUUCUGAUCAUAAAAUUAUACAGUUUAAAUUUACCUCCGCAACUAAAACCAUUCAAUCUAAUAAACGUUUGGUCUACGAGUACAGACGAGCCAACUUUUGACGGCCUACGAAAACGUUUAAUAGACAUAAACAUUUGUUCUCUUGUAACAAAUAAUGGAACGGAAUCUAGUGUUGAUGAUGACUGGUCAACUUGGAAGGACGCAGUGAUGUCUGCUGUGCAUGAAUUUAUCCCUUCCAAAUAUGUGGACCCUCGUCGCUCACUACCUUGGAUAACACCUACCAUCUUACAUCAGAUUCGUAAAAAGGUUACUGCCCGUAAGAGAUUCCUUAGCCGUGGAACUGAUUAUCUUAAGGCGAAGUUUAACAAACUGAGAGCUGAAGUAAAAAAAUGAUUCAAAUUAGCAGAGAGUCAUUUUUCUUGUCAUUAGGAAACACUAUACAAAUCAACCCAAACCUUUUUGGUCGGUUUUCAAAAUCAAGUCAAGUUCUGGAAAUAUACCCAACUCCGUCACAGGGUUGGAUACCAACAAUCCUGGGACUAGAUUACAUGCUAACACACCAUAUGACAUUGCAACAAUGUUUAAUGAGUACUUUCAUUCUGUCUACACAUGUUUCUAUGACCAACCCUCGCCAUCUCAAUCUGGUUCAUCAUCUCCUUUAUCCAGCAUCUCAUCCAUUGACUUGUCUCUAGAAGAAGUAUAUCAAACCUUACUGAACUUAGAUUAUCUAAGGCUCAUGGUCCUGACGGGUUUCCUUCCCGAAUUUUAAAGGAAUGUGCCCUCCAAUUGGCACCUUCACUUCAUUACUUGUUUUCAAAGUCACUCCGCUUAUCGCAGGUUCCAAACGAAUGGAAAUUAGCUAACAUAAUUCCUCUACUCAAGAAAGGAAGCAAAGAUCAUGUUGAAAACUACCGUCCCAUUUCUCUGUUGUGUAUCGUAAGCAAGACUCUUGAACGUUGUGUCCUCGACCAUUUAUCGCACCGUAUACAGUCCAACAUUCAUUCGGCGCAGUAUGGUUUCGUCAACGGAAGAUCACGCACAGCUCAGUUAUUGUCAAUUUUAAACACUAUUGGGAAAAACUUGGAUCAGGGUUUACAAACUGAUGUUGUUUUCAUGGAUAUUUGCAAGGUCUUCGAUAGUGUUGACCAUUCCAUACUUUUACAAGAACUUCACGAUUUCGGCUUCUCUGGUUCUCUCUAGCUAUGGUUUCAAAACUAUUUAUCAGGUCGCUUCCAACCGGUAACUGUACACGGCGCUACGUCUACGUCUCUGCCAAUCACAUCUGGAGUCCCACAAGGAUCGUUGCUGGGUCCCUUUCUCUUCUCAGUGUACAUCAAUGACUUACCUAACAACAUAUCCACUUCCACUGGGGUUGGUUUGUUUGCUGACGAUACCAAACUUUACAGAUGUGUGCAGAAUCCCUGUGAUGCAUUGGUCUUGCAAGAUGAUAUUCAAGGCCUACUUUGUUGGUCGAUAGAAAACCGGCUACGCUUUAACCAAUCUAAGUGUAAAGUGCUGUCAAUAACCAGAAAGAAAUGGCCUUUAAUUUAUCCCUAUGAGCUUGACAAUGAUCAGUUGUUGGUUUCCGACGCACAGGUUGAUUUGGGUGUCACCAUUAGUUGCAAGCUUUUAUGGAACCAUCAAGUAAAUAAAGUACGGUCGAAAGCCAACCAAAUGCUCGGGCUAAUUAGACAAUCUACCGCGGAGAUGACUGUUAUCAACGCGAGGAGGCUUCUGUAUAUACAACUCGUACGCAGCAAUUUUGGUUAUGCAUCCCAAGUAUGGUGCCCACAAUCCAUUAAGUUAAUCGAAGACAUCGACAAGGUGCAGAGAAGAGCAACGAAAUACAUCUUAAAUCUUGGGUUUACCAGCAAUGUCUCGUACAUAACUAGAUUACAUCAACUGAAGUUACUACCAAUAACUUAGUGGCAUGAAUAUUUGGACAUGGUUUUACUCUAUAAGUUAAUUAACAACUAUACCUAUGUUGAUAAGAGUGCUCUACCAAUAAUAGCUGAAUCAGGAAAAACCAGACGUGAAACCAACGAAAACGUGAUUAGAUUCGUAAUACCCUUUGCUAAAACUGUAACAUACCAGUCUUCAUAUCUUAUUAGAGCGUGUAAAACGUGGAACGUUUUAAAUAGUGACCUCCGUAAUAGAGAUAUUGGCCUGCAAGCUUUAAAAUCUGGACUAAAGACUUACUACAAAUACGCGCUAUCGAAAAUUUAUAAUUAUGACGAUCCGCGAACUUGGAAAUCUGUGUGCGUUAAAUGUAAAAGGGCUAGGUCCCUUGAUGGUGUUUUAAGUUGUUGUUAGUUGUCUCUUGCACCGAUUGUACUUUGUCUUAAAUUAGUUUGUUUCGACUGUUAAAAUUAUUGUAAACGUAAAAUUAAUUAUGGGGUCGCCGUAAUUGGGGAAACCUGUGGCGAACUCCCUGGCGCUAUAUUAGCCGAAUCUCAUUAAACCAUCAUUAAAGCUUAUUGAAGCUUCAGCAAUUAAAGAAACAAAUUCAAAGUCAAGAAGCCAAAAUUCAAAACCAAGAAAAGAAAAUUGAAAGUCAAGAAAAGAAAAUUCAAGAUCACGAAAAUAUGACUCGUAAGCUGGAAAAACAAAAUCAAGGUAACAAAAUAAAAGGAUAAUAAAAAUAAUUAAGGUUAUAGAAAGUCAAACGUCCUUUUACUUACCGAAAACUUCACAUUUUCGGUAAGUUACAAAAUGAAUCUCUGGUAUGCAACAACAAUUUUUAAAAUAAUUAAAAUUAAACGAGUUACUAACGGUAACGUUUUUCAAAUUUUAUUAUCGUUUGGAAGAAAGUUCGUUAUUAACACCGAGUAAAUACAAAUACAGAGUUAUAACUAGUAUACCCACUUUUUUGUGCGCGUCCUCAGCAAGUUACUAUAAAUGAACUUAUCUCGUACCUAGUGUAUUAGCGGCUUUCCUAUUGGCUACGAGGAGGUGCGUUCAAUCUCGAACUCACCUGCUGACGUAUGUUUAGGAGGUGGGUUCGAGAUCGAUGUUUCGGCGGCGGCCAUUAUGAAGCGAUUUGAACAAAUUUCCGACCAAAAUGUAAAUAAAAAAUAAAUUAACUGUUUUUAAUUGUUUUAUAAUUAUUAUUUUUUUUAUUUUGCUUGAUGAAAAUGGAAUAUUAAUUCUGUAUUUUAAGUGGAAGAAAAGAAAGAUGGCCGCCGAAAUUUGUUCGGCACGGGCAGGUUUAUAUAAAUCUUGGCAAUGUUUUUGCAGAAUGUGUGCAUUUUCUCUUUUCAAGAAUAGGGAAUAUUGUAGAGAUUUUUUUUACCUUUAGUUAAGCCCAAGUUUGUUUGUUUGCGUAGUAUGUUGGCUGCUAAAAUGUUCGUUAUCCAAACACAAAAUUCCCGGGAAACUUCCAGCCACCCUCGGUGCGUCCAAUCCCGGACUCACCUUCUGCAAGUAUGUUUGUUAUAAAAUCCUAUUGGAUGAAUUGGAUGACGACUCGCUUUAACUGUUCGCAUGACUUGCCGAGCACCCGCAGUUGAUCAUUUUUUGCUCGGUCGCUUGAAAAAACGUAAGUUUCUGCAGUGUUUACGACGGUCAGUUACAGCUUUGUAUGUAUCUCCUCUGUGUUAUUAAUGAUACCUGAAGGACAGUUUAUUAAGUUAAAGUGAUAUAAAAUAGAAACUAUUUUCUUUUAUGCCUGCUUUGUGCGGUGUUUUUUGUUGUUAAAAAUCCUGUUCGCAACCACAUGGGAAUGCAACUAAUAUUGUACCAAAAUACUAAUACUGCUAAACCAUAUUAAACAUUAUAUGACUUGAUAUACAGGGUUUAUUUUAAGAAAAAUUUAGAACUGCACAUAUAGGGAUGUUACGAAGGCAACAGGUGAAAGAAUAAUGGUGUGGUUGAGUGGGAGAAUUGGAGAAAGGCCAGACAAACUCGAUUUUGGGUGCGGGAGCUAGAGGGUGUUCCCCAAAACAAUUUGAAUCUAGAGGCUCUGUUUACCCAACCAUUCACAAAAACUGUUUCAUGGAUAUUCAAUAUAUAACAACCUUAAAUUUGCAUUUGAGGCAGCAAUGAAUAUUAGGUUCUCCCACUCUAAUCUCUUUUGGUGAGCUUCGCCCCAAUUUUACCUUCUUUUCAAUUACGCCAGCACGUAAGUUAUUUGUGAGGAAAAUAGAAGGGUCUGGAGUCCUCCCCUAGAAAACGUUUAUAUUUUUGAGGCUCAAAUAAUGACAGCAAUCCUGGAAUUUUCUGGAGCAUCCACAAGGGUAACGAGUAAAUGAGAAGACUGUUUUAAUGCUAUUUUUGUGAGUUUGGUGACUGCACAUUUGAGUUUUAAGAACUGCACAAAUGGGUUUAGAACUGCACAUUUUGUGUAGAACUGCACGUUAAAAUAAACCCUGCCUGUUGAUAUAGUUAUUUCAAUAUUUGUGUCGCUUAUCAAACAAGCUAAUAAAGAUCAGGAAAAGUUCCCUAGAGUCUCUGGCCAAACGGCUCUAACAUCCAAACGUAACAUCUAGAUUUCAAGCAUGAAUUUCUGUAGACGAGUAAUGAUAGAGUUUGCCGGUUAACCGAGUCAAAUCCGAGUCCGAGUCAAAUCUGAGCCCGAGUCAAAUGCCCGAGUCACUGUUUAGUGAUCUUUGUAGUUCAAUGACUUAGUAUCCUAACCUUAACCCUACUCCUACUCCUAACCCUAACCCUUCUCCCAACGUACCCUAAUCCUAUUCGACUGUGAGUUUAUUCAAUUUCGGAGUUUGUCGGUUAACCGAGUCAAAUCUGAGUCCACGUCAAAUUUCCGAGUCACUGUUUAUCUGUCUUUGUUGUCGGUUCAAUGACUUAGUACCCUAACCCUACUCCUAACCUGUGAAUUGUGUUCAAUUUCGUCUUUUUUUUACGUGACUCGGGCGUUUGAGUCGGGCUCGGAAUUGACUCGGACUUGACUCGGUAAAUGGAUUUACUCAGUACUGAUAAGCAAUUGAGAAAUGCGAGCAUUAAACAGUGUUAUUAAUAGCCUAAUGUGAACUUGUUGUUUUAGUUUCCAAUCGCGAUUUUACUGAAUGCGCGUAGAAAACAAUUUUGUUGCUAUAUAAUAUAUAUGCCAUUUUGUGUCUGUGGCUUGCAAAUUAUUCUUCCGCUUUUGUUUGAAUAAAUAUAUAUAUAGUAAAUGAACUUCACAAAUGCACUUCCUGGCUGCCAAUAACAACUGCUUACUUCCAAUAGAUUAUACUGACCGCCUCGAUCUCUAGAUUUCAAGCUAUUGUUUCGGGUAUACUCAAGCAAAUUUGGCAAGUGUCUGUUGAUAUCCACAUCUAUACCCUUAUGUACACAGAAUAGUAUUAGGAGUGCACAUCUCAAGAAUUAUUUUUGAGUUUAACAUGCAGCUUUCAAAACAAACGAAAAAUUAUUAUAUUUUUCAGAUAUUGUGAAGCGUAUUGACAAGCUACAUUCACCAGCGUCUUGUUCAGCUUUGUUAAUAAAACAUCCUUCAACACCAAGUGGAAUGUAUUAUAUUAAUCCCGAAGCACUCGGUUCAUCUACUUUGGUUCAAGUGUACUGUAAUAUGACGUCAAAGAAUGGUGUUGGUAUAACGGUGAUUGGACAUGACAGUGAAUCAAGGACACUUGUGAAUGGAUAUGAAUCUGUAGGUUCUUACCAACAAAAGAUUAAAUAUAAUAUUUCCAUGGAGCAGAUUGUUGCCCUUGUGAAGCAGUCCAAGAAUUGUGAGCAGUUUAUAAAAUAUGAAUGUUACCAUAGUGGUUUGUGGUUCUCUGCACAAUGUGGUUGGUGGGUAUCACGUCAAGGUUCAAAGAUGAAUUACUGGGGUGGGGCGGCAGUGAACAGUGGGAAAUGUGCAUGUGGAAUGACCAACAGCUGUGCGAAAAGUGGAGGAAAAUGUAAUUGUGACAAGAAUGAUUACACAUGGCGUGAAGACAGUGGAUAUCUGACUGACAAGAACACACUGCCUGUUACUGAGCUGAGAUUUGGAGAUACCGGUGACUAUAGUGAGAAAGGAUACCACACACUGGGAAAAUUGCGAUGUUGGGGUUAG